AUGACAACUUUAAUUGAGCGCUACAAAGAAUUUUUUUGUGGGGCAAGUGCUGGAUGUAUUGAAACAUUUAUUUUGUUCCCCAAAACAAAAAUUAUAUUUCGACAACAAUUGCACAAUAUAUCGCUUGUUGAUGCUGCUAAACAAUUAAAACGUGAAGGAGCCAGAAACUUGUAACUUCUCACUUAUUUUUUGAUGUAAAACAAUUUUUUUGAUUUUUUUAUGUUUCGUGGCCUUCUGCCUCCGUUGAUUCAAAGGACUGCAAAUCGUUCAAUAAUGUUAGUUUUUAUUUCUUAUAAAGGUGAAAAAUCUUUUAUGUCUUCGAGCUGGUGUUUCUCGGGCUUUCUCUUAAUUAGAUUAGGUAUUGGAUCAUUUUUGCCUCUGACUUCUGGAUUUUGGUGACUUGGGUUUCUUGUCUUAUAGGUGUACGUAAUUAUGAGGUCUUAAGUAAAACAGCGGCAUAUUUUCCAAAUUAUCCCUUUUCGAGUAUAACUUCACCCCAUAGCAAAUGUUCGAUGAUGUUAGUUGUCGAGCCAUAACCUUGUUCAAUUUCAUUGAAAAUAGUGGAGGUUGACAAGGUCAUGAUUCAGCGCUAAAAUGGGUUCGUGGUUCAUUCUUCUUAUUUUUUCUUUAUAAGGGUUGUUCUCACCGGUUAAUCUUUGCCUGUAUCAACUCAAUAUUCUUAUUCUUCUCUAUUUGAUCUGCCAAAGGCAAAGAUUUGCCGGUGGUGAACCUAUAUUUUUUAAAUGAUUUUUUGAAAGCUUUUGAAUGAAAAAUUUUCCUCUUUAAAGGUUUGGAACAAACGAAAAGUAUCAACGAUUAUUUGGCUGCUCUGAAAGGGAUCCGAGCAUUUGUCGUGCAUUUUGCUCUUUUUUAGCUGGCGCAACCGAAGCAUGUUUAUGUCCAUUAGAAAGAGUGCAAU